AAAUCAAGAAGAAAGUGGUGAACAAAAGUUGGAGGAAGAAAGGUUCGUCGUCGUCAGUAUGAAAUUGACCAUCAAGUGGUGAUAUGAUACCAAGCUGAACCGGUUUAACUGCAAUUUCACAUUAAUUCACCGAAUCCACCCGGUGAUGGCUUUUAAUUUAUUUCGUGUAAAACGAACAGUGUAAUUAUGUUAACAAGCCCACAUAUAAGUCGGCAAAAAGUUCUGUUUGAUAGAUUGUCUUGAUCGUGUGUUUCAUGUCAAGUCAAUAAAUCCCGACACAAGAUUGCAAUUCUUGGAAGAAGAUUGAAAACCAAUCAGUUUUAAUGGAAAACUUGUAGGAGGAAAGUAGUUGUGUUUUUCUUUCGAAGCUGACGACAUAUUCAAUUCAAUCAUCGAAUACAUAACUGGAGGAUCUAACAAAGUUAAAUAUAUCAAGCAUGAUGACGGGAUUUGUUAUGUUCAUUGUGGGGUUGGUGAUGAUAAUGGGCACUCACAGCAGAGUCACAAUUCCUCGUGACUCAAUAAAAGAACUGAUUCAGAAAGCUUUAGUGGAAUCUAUGGCCCAAAAACAAAGAGAUCUGAUUCAAGGUGAUAAAGAGCUAAUGGAGCAAGAUCCAGAAGUGAUGCCUGGGUUUUUUCAAGGGGACAUGGCAGGCAUGUUUGACGGAGAAGAUGAUCUUGGCAGGGUCGGAAUUAAUUUUAAACAGUUUCCGAAUAGAAAAUGGCCCAACAAUACUGUUCAUUAUCUGAUCAGUGAUCUAUACGUGCCAGAAGAGUACCAAAUCAUAAAAACUGCUAUCGAUAUGCUGGGAUUUUUUACAUGCAUCACAUUUAAAGAAUGGGACGGUGAUAAACCAGAUUAUCUCAUUAUAUGGCCAGUGCAGAAACCCAACGGAUGCUGGUCAUAUGUUGGGAGAUUGGGAGGACCUCAAAUCGUGUCCUUGCAAAAACCUGACAAAAAAUCCCCGCAAUGUUUUGCAGGUCUAGGACGUCCAUUGCAUGAAAUUAUGCACGCUCUGGGAGUAUACCACGAGCAAUCUCGUCCAGAUAGAGAUAAAUUCAUCUCUGUGACAAAAACUAAUGUGUUAACAGGAUUCAUCAAUAAUUUUGACAAGCUUGCCUCAACCAACGUUAGUCUGCCAUUUCACUACGACUACAACAGCAUAAUGCACUAUGGAACAAACUUUUUCAGCAAAAAUCGGAAAAAUCCCACCCUAGUGCCAAAGGAGAAAGGAGCCAAGAUCGGACAACGGAUAACUCUGUCUCAAUUGGACUGUUUAAAAUUGAAUUCAAUGUACGGAUGUUUAGACGACGAGGCUUUCGACAAACGCAAGUAUUAUACAAUCUGCGACUUUUUAGGUCUCGAGUCCACAGUUAAACAUAGUAGAAAAAUCAAUCGGAAUAAAACCAAGGGUUGACAAUAAAGAAAGUUAAAUACCCAUGCAAAUCCAUC